UACCAGUUUGGGUGGAUGGUAUAAAAGUGGAUCAUUGUGCUAUUAACAAUAUUCACUCACCAAAAUUCACCGGUCCAACAUGUUCGGAAAGUUGAUGGUAUUCUUGUGUGCCGCCGGCAUCGCUGCGGCUAGCGAAGGCUACUUCUACCAAGCACCCGCGGGCCACGGCGCAGCUGUGGUGUCGACCACAGCCGCCCCGGUGUACCAAUCCCACGUGGUGGCUACCACGGCUGCCCCUGUCUACGCUUCCGCCGGCGCCCCAACCAUCACUACCUACUCCGAACCCCAAGUCUUCCACAAGUCUGUCUCAUACCAAGCGGCCCCGGCUGUUUCCUACGCCGCCCAAGUAGUCAAGCAAGCCCCAGCGGUGUCCUACCAGACCUUCUCGACCCCGGCUACGUACACCGCUUCCCCGGUCGUAUUCAAGUCUUACGCCGCCCCUGUGUCUUACGCCAAGUCUUACGCUGCUCCCGUUGUUAAGUCUUACGCCGCCGCACCAGCAGUGUCCUACGCUGCCGCCCCCGUCGUUAAGGCUUACGCCACCGCCGCUCCUGCUGUGUCUUACACCGCUGCUCCCGUCGUGAAGACUUACGCCACCGCCGCCCCUGCUGUGCAAUACAGCACCGCCCCCGUCGUCAAGACUUACGCCACCGCUGCCCCUGCUGUUUCCUACUCAGCAGCGCCCGUCGUUAAGACUUACGCCACUGCCGCCCCUGCUGUUUCCUACUCCGUGGCGCCCGCCCCUCUAUCAUACGUGAAGAGUUACGCCGCGCCUGCCGCUGUAUCGUACUCAGCUCCCGCCGUGUCUUACUCAGCCCCCGCCGCUGUGUCUUACUCAGCCCCUGCUGUUUCGUACUCUGCCCCAGCUGUCUCGUACUCCGCCCCAGCUGUGUCGUACUCCGCCCCCGCUGUUUCGUACUCUUCUUACUCCGCCCCCGCUGUGGAGUACGGUGCUCCUGCCUACGCGUACGCUGCUGCCCCGGUUCACUCGGUCUCGUACUCCUCCGUCCCAGUGUCAUACGUCAGCUACCCAGGUUUCGCCAAGAAGAAGUGAAUAAUUUAAUACGAACAACAGAUUAAUUUAGUUAUAAAGUCAAAAUAUGUAUUAAAAUAUGCAAAUAUAAGUACAUUGUUUGAGUAACUAAAA